AUGAUCGAUAUUCCUGAUUGUGAAAUGACAUGGAUUAGUUCUUCAAUUGAUAUUCUUCAAAAAUUAUUAGAUAAAGUUGGUCGUGAAAUAGAAGAAGAAGAAGAAGAAGAAGAAGCCAAUCUUGAAAUAAGAGCAACUAAAAUUACGAAAGAUAUUCAACUAGAUGAAAAACAGUAUUCAAUACAAUCAUUUAUCGAAAGACAAUAG